AUUCUCGUGAACCGAUUUCUAAAAACAUUUACAAAAUUAGUUAAUUAAUGCAUAUCUUUAUUUCUACAUAAAGAAACACAUACAAUAUUUACUAUAUUGCUUCUAUAUUAAUAUUCUUCUUUCCAUAUAUAAAUGAUUGAAUUUUAACCCUCUUACAAGGAAUAUAUUUCAUUUACAUUAUAUAUAGAUUACAAGAAAAGCCCAUCAAUCUAUUAUUCUCUGAUUCAGCGAAGAAAAUAAAUAAAUAAACGGCCAAAAAAUGGGAGCAGACGCAAUCCAAACGAACGGUCACGAUCAAACCAAGUUAACCGGCGGUGAAGAGAUCCAACGGCUGAGAUGUUUCGUGAAGAACUACGAAUGGGGCAAACUCGGACCAGACUCAUUGGUGGCGAGACUCCAAGAGGCUAAUACAGGACAAAGAGUCGACCCGGAGAUUCCUCACGCCGAGUUUUGGAUGGGGACUCAUGAGUCUGGACCGAGUCAUGUUGAAUUCGGGUCGUUGGGUCAUGGUGGGUCUGAUAAAUGUAUGGUUACAUUGAAGUCGUGGGUUUUGGAUAAUCCGGAUUUACUCGGGUCUAAAGUCGUGGACAAGUGGGGUUGUGAUCUUCCUUUCCUCUUCAAGGUGUUGUCAGUGACGAAAGCAUUGUCGAUUCAAGCACAUCCAAAUAAAGCUUUAGCAGAGAAAUUGCAUAGAGAAGAUCCUCUUCUUUACAGAGACAAUAACCACAAGCCUGAGAUUGCUCUUGCUGUUACUCCUUUUCAAGCCCUUUGUGGUUUCGUACCUCUUAAGGAGUUGAAGGAGGUUAUCACCAAUGUACCAGAGAUCACAGAGCUUGUGGGAAGCAAAGCUGCAGAUCAAAUCUUCAACGUCCAUGAACACGAUGAAGACGAAAGAGUCAAAUCCGUUGUCCGGUUGAUCUUCACGCAGUUGAUGUCCGCAAGCAACAAUGAGACGAAGCAAGUGGUAUCUCGGAUGAAGAAUCGUCUGAUCUCGGAGACCAAACACCGUGAACUGUCGGAGAAAGAGAAUUUGGUUUUGGAAUUGGAGAAACAGUACUCAGGUGACAUAGGUGUGAUUUCAGCCUUUUUCUUUAACUACGUCAAGCUUAAUCGAGGAGAGGCUUUGUAUUUGGACGCAAACGACCCACACGCUUACAUUUCCGGCGACUGUGUCGAGUGUAUGGCGGCUUCAGACAACGUUGUUAGAGCUGGUCUCACUCCAAAACACCGCGAUGUUCAAACCCUUUGCUCUAUGCUUACUUACAAAUUGGGCUACCCGGAGAUUCUGAAAGGAUUUCCUCUAACUCCUUACGUUACAAGGUAUCUUCCUCCAUUUGAUGAGUUCGAAGUGGACCAUUGCGAUCUACCUGGUGGAAAUUCGACGGUUUUUCCGGCAGUACCGGGGCCUUCGGUUUAUUUGGUUAUUGAAGGUCAAGGGAAAUUGCAAACCGGUUCAUCUCAAUUGUUGGUUAACCGAGGAGAUGUUUUGUUUGUUCCGGCUCAUAACGAGGUUCACGUAACCGGAGAAAGUGAUGUGAUGAAGCUUUACAGAGCUGGAGUCAGCAGCAGAUUCUUCCAAACACUCUAGGCUAAAAAUUUAAGUAUAUGAUCUUUACUAAUUACUAUAUAUAUUUAUAAGCAUUCAUAGGGACCAAUUUUCCAAAUUGGUAGGAAUGUGUUGUUUAAUUCCCCGAUGGUGGCCCAUUGCAAAUUAAAAGUUCAAGGAGUUGUUAUUUUUCUAUUUU